GUAUGGCGUUUUAUCGUUGCUCCUAUAUUCUUAGAACUGGCAUGGAAUGUAACCGGGGAUGUUAUCACCCAAAGGGGUGCAAAGUUCAUAGGAAUUCCCCUGCAUAUCUACCUUGCGAAGAAUGUGGCGAAAGAACUUACUCUGAUUAUGGUUUUUGUACAGAACAUUCUGAAGUUAAUAAAACGAGCUGAAACUUCUAAGAAAAGUGUCACAACUUGUCAUGAGUUCACCACAAGUGAAAAAAUCGGUAGAAAG